CAAAUAUGUACCAAUCUGGUAUUACAAGGUUAAGAAGUGCCACCACAACUGAUGGUAAGAGGCAAGGGCUCAGACAACCGACCCAAGUGAGAAAACCUAGCGUGAAGGCACCUGAAAAGAAGACCACUUCGCAUUCAAGAAAGCUGGCUCAGCCUACAAAUAGAGCAACUAUGAGUGUGAAUAGAGGGUUGAAGAAGCCAACAUCUUCGAAAGUACUGAAGCCAUCAGGAAUGGCAUCAAUAGCAAAACCUAAAGCCGAAAAGCUGAAUAAUGAAGGAUCAAAAAUAUCCAAUUCAAAAAUUCAGAAGAGAAAUAAAAAUUUUCCUGUACCAGAGCCAGAGCCGUUUAACCCUCUGAAUGCCACUAUUAAUCCCAGGGCACAGUUUGCGUACAAAAGAAAUAAUCUCCUCGAUGCAGGAGAUAAAGAAAGCAAGCGGGAUAAGCUCAAGAGAGAAAGAAUGAGAAAAAAAAAGCAAGCUCAGAAAGCAGAGAUGCAGAGUAGUGCUUCACAACUUAACCCUCAAAACACAGGUCGAUCAAACAAAUCUUUAACAGAUGGAAAUGACUUUACAGCAUAUAGUUCAGUGCGAUCUAAUAAAAUUGGCUUGACAAAGAAUGGAGGUGGUAAUAUUGAAGAUAUUCAAACACCUUGUAAAAAUCUUGAUAAAUAUUCUACUAUUGGCCCACAACAUAAAACAGCGCAUAAAAGCCCGAUGAAAUUAAUAUCUUACUCUCAAAGAAGGACACAAUAUAAGAGAAACACUAACAUGACAGUCUCUCAGUCAAUUGGUGAUCUGAAUCAAAUCUCUGAGCGGAAUAGAGAGAAAAAUAGCACUUUGAGAAAGACAGAUUUCCAGAAGCUUAGAGACAAUAAGAAAUCUCAGAAAGCAGGAAUGGUAAAUGUGACUCAUGAAACAGACACAGAUAGAGAACUUGCUCUUUUUGGAGAUCUUGAGCUUAAUGAUGAUUCUAGCAGAGGUUUUAACAGAACAUAUAGACAGAGAGCAACUGAAAGUAAACAUCUUCGCUUUAAACUCGAAUCCGAUGAACCUGAUUCUGCAAAUAAAAAUCCCUUUGAUGAGUGAAGUUCUAUUUCUGAAGAAAAUUUUCAUGAAGAAAACAUUGAGGAGUAUGAUGAUCUAUCGACUCCCAAAGCAAACGUUCAGUUCCAUACUAACAUGAUGGAAUCUCAUCAGCCAGUUCCUGGUCCUCUGAGACACCUUUUUCAAACUCCUGAAUCAGGACUAGAAGUUAUUAAAGAAGCUGAGGAUAUUCAGAUUUCUCCUGAAAAGCCAAGAGAGCCACCUUUGAAGAUGUCUUCGAAGAAUCUGAAGUUUCCUUCAAUGUCGUCAAAACCUCAGAAAAAUUUAAAAGUUAGCCAUAAGCCCUCUUCAAAUCCAAAGGUAUCUAAGCUGAGACCUCAUUCAAGCUCAAAAGACUCCUUAAAAUCAAAGAUUUCAAGACCUAAACCCACCUCGAAAUUCGGUCUUAAAACUCCUGGAGCCCCUUCUGCUCCGCAAGAAUCGCCAGAUCAUAAGCCUAUCCCUCAAAAGACCCCAAAAAUUCCAAAAGCGUUACAGCACUUGCACAAAAGUUCUUCAAGCAAUUCGAAAACUCUAGGGCUUUCCAAAGAAAAUCAAAGGCUCUCUAAACCUUCUACCCUCGAUAAGAUCAAAUCUGAUUUACCUAAAUCAGCAAAUAAGAGAGAUUUUAAGAAGUCAAAUAGCACUCUAAAGAAACCUUCUGACAACUCUAAACCUAAAUUUGGUAUCAAAAAGACAGAAAAGGUGAGUAAACCAACUGAAAAACCCGUAAAGACCAAAGAAGAAAUUACCAAAAAAGAAGAGCCUAAAGAAGAAGAAGAGCAACCUCAGCAAGAGACUCAGAAGAAAGUUUUUAAGAGAAAAGUCGUUGAUGAAAAAGAGAAAGAACGCAAAAGGAAAAUGAUGAACGAAAGAAAGCUCCUGCUUAAAAAGAAAAUAUCAGCUAUUAAGAUUCAGAAAUACUGGAAAGCAAGACAAAGGCGGAGAAGAGUCAAGCUUGAACAUUUGAAGUAUAUGUCUGCUAUCAGGACUAUCCAAAGAUUUGCGAAAAGGAUGAGAGGGGUUAUCAAGGCUCGGAAAGAGAUAAUGGAACACUGAAAAGCUCAUGUUGAUAAGGUUAUCACUCUUCAGAAGUUUAUCAAAAUGUAUCUGGUAAAACCAAAGAAGAUUAACAUUAGAAAAUUCAAAAGCACUCUUUUAGCAACUCUUAUUGGUUGGAAGGUAAGAAGAAUACUUGCAGUAUUGAAGCAAGAUAAGGAGACUAGCGAAGCUAUUGAACUGACCAAGCUUAGAGAGGAUAUUAAAGAUCAGGAAGAUAACUUAUUCUUUAACCAAAUUCUUGAAAAACUUCCGGAAAAGUUCGAUAAUUUUCAUCUCAGAUUAAGUGAAAUGUUAAACUCUCAAAAGUGGCCUGAAAAGCCAAUUACAAAAACAAUAGUCAAAAAGCAAUCCAAAAUCAGCAGGAAUAAAGAAGCUAGCAAUGAGGAAGGUCUAAAACCAGGAAAAAAUGCUAGAGUAAGGAAGGGUUCUUCUUUCCAAAAAUAGUCUUCUGCUGUCUUGUAGACAACUGGUCUCUGCAUAAUUCAUCA